UCCCGACCAAAGACAAGGGUUGGCUUACAACUAAACUAGUUUGAUAAAGAUCCAUAUUUUUCACUUUCGUUUUUUUUUUGGAAAAGGUCUAAACAUUAUGCUCAGAUCUGAAGGAAGAUUUGUUAAAACUCAAGAUUUUGCUCUGCUCAAAAACCAGGCGGAUGUCUUUGUCCCGGAUGAAGGUUCAUAACUCCGACGAUGAUCUGUUAUAUCUAUGAAGGUCACAGGUCAAUAUCGUGUAUGUUCAGAUCUGAUGGAGGAUUUGUUAAAAGUCAAGUUCUUGAUGCUGGAAAUGCCGGCGGAUGUAUAUGACCCGAUUUAACUCUGAAGGUUUACCCAGUGAAAGUGACAGCGAGAGUUCCGAAUCAGAUGGUAACGCUGGCAGUGGCACUGACGACCUCGACUCGGAUGAUGCAGCGGAGCUCGGAAUCUUCCGCGGAUCCAGGUUCAUUGAAUCCGGACUCCCUCCAGGUAGCGUCGGAAGGAUCGAGUUUGCCCCUGCCCGAGUUGAUUAUCGGACCUGGUUUAGGCUCGGUAUGAUCCGCCGUAUUGUUUUCGGACCUGGUGGGAAGACUACUCAUGUUGCUAUAAGGGGUGAUUGUGAUCUUGAGAAUCGCCCUUUAUCAGAUUCCGAUGAUGAUCCGAAGAUCAAGAAGCCUACUUGGGGUGCUGGUGUUGAUGCCAUCACUCAAACACAUACCCAUCCCAUUGCUGGUUUGCUGUUCACUCAAACAACACCGAGACCCUAUGAAGAUGGCGCUAUUGAUGCUUAUGAAGAUGAGGAGAUCGAGUGUGCCCCUGCCCCAGUUGAUUAUCGAGGCUGGAGGAGGCCCGGUAUGCGCCACCGUAUUAUUGCCCGACCUGAUGGGAAGCUGUUUUCUGUUGGUGAAAGGGGUGAUCGUGAUCUUGAGAAUCGCUCUUUAUCAGAUUCCGAUGAUAAUCCGAAGGUCAAGAAGCCUACUUGGGGUGCUGGUAGUGAUGGCAUCACUCUAAUCUAUAUCCAUCCCACUUUUGGUUUGCUGUUCACUCAAACAACACCGAGACCCGAUGAAGAUUAGGUGGUGGCCGAUGAAGAUGAGGUGGUGGCCGGUGAAGAUGAAGAGGUGGCGAGUUUUAAAAAAUCUGUUUCCAUGUUUUUUUUUUCGGUCUUUCAAUGCGUUUUUUCUUUACCUAAAACUAAAAUCAUCUUGAAAUGUGGACACGAGCAUCUUAUUGAUGGCAAUAUUGCAAAUUCCGGUUUAUUUGAAACCAAUACUUUAAAUAUGGUUAAUCGUUUAUCUUUA